ACACAACUUUAGUUUCUCAUCAAACGUGAUUUGACGUGAUUGAUAUUUACGCAGCUUACGAGCUCCUACACUGUGUUGGGAUUGAAAUAUAUGUAUAUUGCUUAUAACAUUGUUGAUUAACUACUGCGUUUAUUCGCAACAAAUGAAAGUAAUUCGACUUACUACAAUCUUACUGGAUUUAUCCAUAUUUGGCAGCAGAGUGUCUACCAAAUUAAAUGUCAACAUAACCUAACCUAACAGCUUCUUAAACACUGAUUUCGAGCGAGAUAUAUCACGGCUUUCAAAAUGCACACAUCUACUAAUUUUGUUCUACGUGGUGGUGAUGCGGCAUUUGCUAAUAGGCAGAAAUUAUUGUUUGAUCAGCUCUCGAUCGCUGAAAACAAGUGUAUUAAAAAUGAUAGAUCUGAAACAAAUGAUACCAAAAUGGAGGUGGAUGAAUGCGGUAGAAGUUCAACCUUGAGAGAGGAUCGGAAACGAAAGAGAGAAACUAAAAAAUUUCGUGGCAAGGAAAGCAUCUUUAAGCGUCCUGAGGGUCCUGCACCUCGUGCAACUUUCAGAAACAUUCCAGAUUAUCAUAGGAAUCCGCACAAAUGGGUCAAAUAUAGUCUGGACGAUGUAUCCAGUGAAGACAUGACAGACCGCAGUAAUACACAAGCUGCCAUGUCAUUUUUGAGAGAACUAAAAGCUCGCAGGAAAAAUGAAGAAGUUAAUCAGUAUGAAGAGAACAUGGAUGUUGAGCCUUGCAAGUCAAAUUUACAAGAUUCUGUAGAGAUGCAGUUUAAAUCUAAAAAACGUACAUUAAAAUCACAAAUAACAUUUAGAAAGCCUCAAAAUGAAGCAACAGAAAAUUCUGAAACAGUUAUUAUAAAAUCAGAUGACAGGCCUGUAUUCAGAAGCAGUAAAAUUAUUUUGCCAGAAUAUGUGGUUGGACAGAAACCAAAGAAGAUAAAUAAACAGGAUCGGCCUGUAAUUAAAAUUGAUCGUUCAAAAGAACUUAAAUUGGACCACUUACAGGAACCAGAUGAAGAAGAUAAUUAAAAAAUGUAUAAUAAACUAUAAUUUUGUUCUACAUGGUACAAAAUUUAUUAGUAAGUACCAUAUAUGCGUUUCUUAAGAAUUAAGUUCAUACUUGUGCAUUUGUAUAUAUAUAUAUAUAAAGUAUAUGAACAAACAUAAACAUUGUCAAUGUCACGUAUAUGUAACCAGGCAUUACUGAGUUCCGAUAAUCUCGGCUCUCUGGGCUCUUCGGGCUCGCGUAAAGAUACACGUCGGUCUUGCGCUGCGCGUGAACU